AUGUGGAUGCUAAGAAAUUCAUCUGGAGAAACAUUGUUACACGAUUCGGGGUCCCUCACACCCUCAUUUCAGAUAAUGGACUCCAAUUUGACUGCAAGGCCUUUAGAAGAUACUGCUGCGAGCUGGGGAACUGAGCAGACCGAGGCUGUCAAUAAGGUCAUAGUCAGUGGGCUUAAGAAGAGACUGGAUGACGCCAAGGAAAGAUGGGUGGAAGAGCUGCCGCAUGUCUUAUGGACUUAUCGGACUACACCAUGGCGGUCAAUAGGAGAGACACCUUUCGCCAUGACUUAUGGGGCCGAGACUGUUAUCCCUUUAAAGGCAAACUUCCCAACGCUGAGGACGAACUCCUUCACCCCAGACAGUAAUGAUGAACUAUUGAGGAAAAGCCUAGAUCUAAUUAACGAACGAAGAGAAAAGACAAUGAUCCAGUUGGCCUAUUACUACCAGAAGCUCAAACAGGGAUAUGAUGCCAAUGUGAAGUUUAGACCGCUAGCACCAGGAGACUUAGUAUUGAGAAAAGUUGUGGGCGCUGCCAAGAACCCAUCCUAG